AGCGACGUAUCCAGAGCAAAUAAACGUGCACAUUUUUGCAUAGUUACGUGCGUGUGAUACGUGCUUGUACUCCUAGCUUAAGGUAGCCAACGCGCCAACUGCUUGCCGCGAGAAACCAGUUAGACCACGUGUUUUCACACUAGCAAUCUUUAAUCACAGCAGGAUAUUGCCAUGCCAGGGAAUGCGUUCGUGUAUGGAACCCUGAUGGCCGAUGAGGUGGUUACGCUGCUCAUUAAGCGCGUGCCGGUUUCCAAGCCGGCGGUCAUUAAAGGAUACACGCGUUAUAAGGUCAAGGGGCAAGUCUUCCCUGCGAUAGUGCCCGCUACAAAUGAAGCGAAGGUGGAAGGCAAGGUCCUUCUGAACCUGACGGACAAGGAGCUGGAAAUUCUGGAUGUGUACGAGAGCGAGGAGUACUACCGAGCAACCGUCUCACCCGAACUUGAGGACGGAUCAGCCCUGACGGCGGAGGUGUAUGUUUGGAAGGACCAGUACAGCCACAUGCUGAACCCAGAACCCUGGAGCUAUGAUGACUGGAGGUCCAAGCACCUCAACGCAUGGGUCAGCAGACUUAAUCCAAGCGGCGCGCACCCAGAGGGCGAGAUGCAGCAGUAGCGGUUAUGAGUGAGCAGCGCGUAGCAUAGGCAGGAGAGUUUGCAGGAGGCCGACAGGCGCGACAGCUGUCACAGGGUUUUCACAGGGCGCAUGCCGUACUAUGGAUCACAUGUAGGCGGCGCCAACGGCGGCUCUGGAGAUAUUUCAGACUAAUUUUAUAGACAGGUCAAAGUAUAUUGCGAGGUUUUUUACAAUUCUAGUUGUACAGUGAUAGCGCUUAGCUGCUGACGGCUAGUUGAGGAGCGUGCUUGCUAUUCAAUCUUUCGUAGCCUGUAGAGCCUUUACAAAUAAAGGGGCCUCUGCCCCUGACUGCGCUUUGGAAUGGCGCAACAUGGCUGCGUCGAUAUUCCCGCAGCCCAGGCGGUGUUGGUGCCUACGGAGACGAUUCCCGAAACGCCAGUUGUCCGCGGCUAUGAUUUCGCAAAUGGUCGCGACCUGGACGGCAUUAUGGAUGCCAUGUUGACGACCGGGUUCCAGGCCACCUCCUUCGGCCAGGCAAUCCAGGAGGUUAACCGCAUGAUCAACUGGCGCCUAAGCGAUGAGCCGGUGGGUCCCGGCACCGACCCAGAUCACGUCGACCCCGAAUUCCGCGCCUCGACCCGUGCCAUGAUUUUCCUGGGCUUCACCUCCAACCUCACCUCCGCGGGCGUUCGGGAACACAUUAGGUACCUUGUCCAGAACCGCAUGGUCGAUGUGUUGGUGACCACCGCGGGAGGCAUUGAGGAGGACUUCAUCAAGUGCAUGGGGCACACCUACCUGGGCGACUUCCAGCUUAAAGGUGCCGAGCUGCGGAUGAAGGGCCUCAACCGCAUUGGCAACAUGCUUGUACCCAACUCCAACUACUGCAAGUUUGAGGACUGGAUCAUCCCCAUCCUUGACGCAAUGCUCAAGGAGCAACAAGAGCAAGGGGUGAACUGGACACCGUCGAAGCUGAUUGAUCGGCUGGGCAAGGAGAUCAACCACCCCGACUCGAUCUACUACUGGGCGCACAAGAACGGCAUUCCCGUGUUCUGCCCCGCCAUCACGGACGGCUCCAUAGGCGACAUGCUCUUCUUCCACUCGUACAAGAGCCCGGGGCUACGGGUCGACGUGGUGGAAGACAUCCGGCGAAUCAACGACCUGGCCAUGCGGGCAACGCCGCGCAAGACUGGCAUGAUCAUCCUGGGAGGAGGCGUCCCCAAGCACCACAUCUGCAACGCCAACCUGAUGCGCAACGGCGCCGACUUCGCCGUCUACCUCAAUACGGCGCAGGAGUUUGACGGCAGCGACAGCGGCGCGCGACCCGACGAGGCGGUGUCGUGGGGCAAGAUCCGCAUCGACGCCAAGCCGGUCAAGGUUUGCGGCGAUGCGACCAUCCUGUUCCCUCUCCUCAUCUCCCAGACGUUUGCGCGGCACUGGCGGCCCCUAGAGCCGUCGCAAAAGAAGGAGGAGCCCUCGAGCGGCAGUGACGGCGUGUUCAAGGCGACGUUUGACUGAGUUCUUGGUAGCGGGGUUAGCUUAGGUACCUGCCCUAGCUGAAUUGGGCUGGAAGAAAUUGGGUUGGAAAAACAGGUGAAGCAGGAUGGUGUGGUGAGGUAUGUAGCUGAUAGCAAUGUUCAGGAGGACAGGCAUGCAUUGGAUGUACAGGGUGUCUAUCCAUCUCUCAAUAAUGGCGCAAUUGCAUUGACGGCUUGCCUACAACGAACGUGGUCAUUAUUCGAAUCCUGGUGUUUAGCGUCUGUGGAACUGGGGUGCAGAGGAAAUGGCUAUGGCUGCGUGCGUGUUGAAACGUGCGCCACGCAGCCAAUGAUGCGUACAGAAGGAUUACACUGUACGCGGAUUCACAGCUCGGAAUGUACCCGAUGUCUGUAUGCGCUCUUGCCGCGAAGCGUUUGUUGUGCGCGGGGUUUGGCAUAGGGCUGCUUGGGCAGGCGUGGCAAAACCGCCUGAAGGUUUCCAUGGACUACGGAUGGAGCAAAUACGGCUUGCAAAAGGCAUGCAGCUUCAGUUGACCCCAUGUCAAGGUUUAGGCUCCUGUAAUCGAGACGCCUAACGCCUUACCUCUGUGCUGCACUUUUGGGAAGGUUGCCCGCUACACGGAGCUAAAGUACCGG